UAUACAUAUGCAGUGUAGCCCCAACAUUACAACAGCACGAACUUUCUUUGUUUGUAUCAAAUUAUUGAUUUUUCAAUUGAGAAAGAGAACCCUUCUAAUUGAAUUUGAAAUCAGAGCUGUGAAAUUGGAUGUGGGUGUUGUUCAAAUUCAAUUUUUUCUAUCAUCGUCUUCCAUACGGACCAUCCCUUCUCCUCCAUAGCCCAAAUGGGUUUGAGCUGUAGUCGUCUGGGGUCGCGCCCUUCUCGCUCCCGAGAUAACCGCACCAACCGCUCCAACUUCUGUUCUCUCUUCUGCGGUGCUUCCACUUCUCGCGCGAUUCAUCGGAUGGAAGAUUCUACAGCUCAAUUUCCCGUCCAUUCGACAGAACAUUGUAGUCACAAUAUUGAUGAUGUUCAAAGCCUCACAAGUCGAUCUUACUCGAUCUCCAGUACGAGAACGGGACUUCCUAGUGUAAGCACCAAUUCUCAGAAUGCAUAUGAGAAUGGCAUUGCAGUCGGUGAGGAGCAAUGUGCUUUUCAUGAUCCAAGAAAUAAUGAUGUCAAUAGUCAUGGGAAGUGUUUGUCUCAGAAUAAGGAAUCAGCUCCUUUCCAACAGGUUAGUGCUGAUUACAGUCAUGAUGAAUCUCAUAGAAAUAGUAAUACUACCAAUGGUACUUCAUUUAAAGGACGUCAAUCUUCGGAACCAGUCUCUGUAAAUAUUUUGGCUAACGAAGAUGCAGUAAAUGGCAUUGAUAGUUCAGUGGACAAGAGUGCAUCUCCAGUCUGCACAAAGGUCAUGCUUACAGCAAGCAGUUCGACUACUCAAGAGGUCGGAGACUUGCGUUCCAGUGAGUUGACAGGUUAUAUUCAAGAGGACGAGGCGACAGCUUACUGCAACCCGGACUCUGAAGCUUGUCCUUGUGGUUCUGAUCUUCCAGUAACUUCUCAGUCUCUUGGAGAUGAAUCUUCUCAAGAGGUACACUCAAGUUUAGAAUCUCUCGUGUCUGAUGGUAGGGAACAAGGCCAAGAAGAUGUGGGUAUGCCUCUUGUUGAUAUGGUCGAUAUUUCUUCCAAUGUUUUAUCUACGACUAGCACUGAUGCAAGUUAUAUUGAGGCCAGAAGAAAUAGCAGAAGACUGUUUUGGGAUGCCUUCUCACGACGUAGUUUUAGAAGGCAUAGUGAAUCUCCGUUUCUUUUCCCAUCUAAUAACAUUAGUAAUACAGGAGAUACAGACCGAUGGCUCCUCAAUAUAAGUGGUGAUUUUAUGGAUGAUGAAGUGGGUGCCGAUUCAAGACAUUUUGCCAGCAGAAUUCACAUCUUGAAUGAGCAACAAAGAAACUCAAGAUCUCAGAUAUGGGAAAGACUUCGUAGUAGUCUCAGUGAAAACAGUCAGCAAAAUUCAUCUUGCCCAUCAGGCAUUCACCCUGACGGUGCUUGCACGUGUGACUCAUUUUCAAGGAUCGAACACUCGAGUACCCGUGCAAGCAUAUCACGAAUAAUCAUGCUUGCUGAAGCAUUAUUUGAGGUCUUGGAUGAAAUUCAUGGUCAGCCUGUUUCUCUUGCCCUAUCCAUGGUUUCACUCCCAGCACCAGAGUCAGUUGUUGACUCUUUUCCUCUGAAGAACCACGAAAAAACGACAAAUGGAGGGGAUGAUAUUGAGCAAUGCUACAUUUGCCUGGCUGAAUACGAAGACGGUGACAAAAUAAGAGUUCUUCCUUGUCGCCAUGAAUAUCAUAUGUCAUGUGUUGAUAAAUGGUUGAAGGAGAUUCAUGGAGUAUGCCCACUUUGUAGAGGUGAUGUUCGUGCAGGCUCAAACGACGAGUGUUCGGUUUCAAACCCAGAAAUUCCAACAAUUUGACAGAAUUGUAUGAUAACCAGUGAGAAUAUGGCAAAUAUGGCACUUUCAUAGUCAUGUUCCUGUUAAUACUGGGGGUUGAUUAAUUGAAUCCCCCCAUGAUUUAGUUGUUUUGUAAGUCAUUCAUAUUGUACAGCGGUUUCAGAUGAAAUAUUUGCAUAUAAGUUUUUA